CUCUCCCUCCUCCUCUGUCUCUAUCUAAAAGCUCCACCAUGUUCCCUGCGGUCCACCCUGUUCCCGAUCCCGUCGCUCAGACCUGUUUCACCUCUGAACCUAAAGUGACCUCCUCUCUUCUGUCCUGCUCUGAAUCUGAGAAAACUGAGCAAAACUCUUCUUCUCGUCCUGAUACGUUCCCAUCCAGCAGCGAAACGUGUUCUUCUGUCUCUUCGUCUUGCAUCGGUAAAAGUCAGAACGCCUUCACUAAUCUCGAGAGGAUAAAAAAUGUGGAAAAUGAGCAGCAGAGGGUUCAUGGAUCGGGUUUAAAACUAGCUGAGAAGGAUCCCACUAAGUGCACUGCAGCCUGUGAUGGUGAACGCACCAGAAGAAAUAAUCCAAAAUCAAUUGUUCGCUCUGAGAGCUGUCCCUCUGGAGCUCCUAGUUACAGUAAAGAGCGAGUAGUUGGAAAGGUAUCAUCAGCAAUAGAUGCUAAAGCUCAGAAACUGGCCGUCCUUUAUGAGACAGACCACAGGCCCAAUGCCGCACUGUGUGUGGUGCGUAAAGAUUUCCCUCCUGGACUCGGUGGCAGCGACAUCUGCCACUUCUGCUCCAAACGGGUAUAUGUGAUGGAGAGACUCAGCGCUGAAGGCUACUUCUUCCAUCGCGAGUGUUUCCGCUGCGACGUCUGUAACUGCACCCUCCGUCUGGGUGGACACACGUUUGAUUCACAGGAGAAAAAGUUUUAUUGCAAGAUUCACUAUGCCCAGCGUCAAUACAGCACCAGCUGGGGCAGGUUCAGAAGAACAACGGAAAACCUAAGCCACCUGAAACCCUCGUCUGUGGACAGCGGGAUCUAUUCAGCCACAGGCGCCAUCCAACCCGCAGGUGAGGCAACCAGCAUGCAGUCAGAUCAGCUGAAAAAAGAUCUAAAAAGAUUCCCCGAGGAUACAGAAAUGGGUGUCGAUGCUCUGGAGGCUUCCUGCAUCGUCGGACCUAAGAAGGGAGAAGGUGCUGCAGCCAGAAGCCACGACGGCCUUAAAGGUCACUCUAACACAAAACAUAAUAAUCGAUGGAAACGAAAGAUUCGAGCAACAUUCCCUCUGAUCUUCAUCAAGCACUUCCGCUCAAAACCAGAAACUGUUCCUGAAGUUGAUUCUGACAUUGAGGAAAUCGCCUCAGCUGAGACACGCAGUGAGCCAAAACCAAAAGCAGAUGCACAGACUUCGUCUGAGGAAAGUAAGAAGAGUGAUGAGCCACUGGCUGCAAUAAAAUCAGGUUCCAGCACAUCGGCUCCUAACAGGAGGCGGCUGUUACUAUCCCAGCCUGAAAAAGAGAGGCUUCUGAACUGGGAAGAGGGUCUGAAUCCAGAAGAAACUCCCAUUAACAGCAGCACAACAAACACUUCUCAGCUUAAAGAUCAGGUACAAGCAGAAGCAGAUAAGCCUCAGUCAAACUCGAGCCAGAUCGGAACAGCAAGUCGGUGCCAGACGCCAGCAUCUUCUUCCUCUGCCAUCCAGGUCAUAGCUAAUGCCUUCAGGAGGACCUUUAGUGGGAGCAGUGAACCCAGCUGCUCCAAGGCUGCUGUUAUAAUGAGACCCAGACGUAACGUUGCACGUAAACAGAGGCCCAUGUCUGAAGGAGCGUCUGAUUUCAGCUCACUGUUUGGCCGUGAAGACUCGGGGUCGUCGACAGCGGAGAGGAGAACAAGCAUGCGUGGUGUCCAGUGGGCUUCUGUGGGGACAGAUCCGUGGGGGGAGGGGCGAGACCUGCCGUCCUUGUUACAGCAGGUGUCCCUAAAAAGUCGAAGAGACUCUGAAGGCGUGCCGGACGAACUUCGUUCGAAGCCCCGUAAAAGGGUAGAUUUGUUUUCAUCUCUGAGGCUCAGGAAGAGGGGCCAAUCGGAGAGUGAAGGGAAGGAGCAGGAAACUCAAAAGGAAAUUAGGACGUUUCUGUCCAACCUGAAAAACAAAGACUCUAGUGAGCAGAGUUUGGAAGAACUGUCUUCAAGUGGUGAUGAAAGUGAAAGCCUGACGUCCACCAACAAGCUGUCCUCAGACAGAUUAAAGAAAAAGCAAGAAAAGACUGCGGCCCAGCAGGCUAAACGAGAACAACUGAAGAGGCUUCACCGAGCUCAGAUAAUCCAGAGGCAGCUGGAGGAGGUGGAAGAGAAACAGCGCGAUCUAGAGGAAAAAGGAGUGAGAAUAGAGAAGAUCAUCAGAGGAGAAGAUUCUCAUCAGACUGACGACCAUGACGAAGCCCAGCUCUAUCAGUCCUGGUUCGAGCUUGUUCUGGAAAAGAAUCGAUUGGCACGCUACGAGUCGGAACUCAUGAUCUUCGCCCAGAGCCUCGCGCUGGAAGACACACAAAGCCGGCUGCAACAAGAUCUAAGACGCCGAAUGUCAGUUGAAGAUACAAAUAAAAGCGCCUCAGAGCUGCAAAGGGAGAUGGAGAUCCUGGCUGAAAUCAUGAGGACGGUGGAGAAACGGGACAUGCUAGUCUCCAUAUUGGAGGAGCAGAGGUUGAAGGAGAUGGCGGAGGACAAGGACCUGGAAAGCCUGAUGCUGUCCAGGGGCUACGAGUUUCACUGGGCUGAAGGGAGCGACACCUGGGGGAAGGAGAAGCUUGAAUGAUUACUGGUUGUUGAUGAUGUUGAGCCAACCGUGUGAAUUUUUCUAGUCUGCAUCUCCCUGAUUUUUACAGUUUAAAUCUGGAUGUGGUGUAGAUGCACAUAUUUGACAGCUGAGGACUUUUUUCAGCUUAAGAAAGCUUAAUUUCAUUUGUUAGUUGAUGUGUUUAAUUUGUCAGACUGAUAACAAACAACAUUCAGCUGAAAACAUCUCUACCAAUGAGGUUGUUUUACGUUUAUCUAUAACAAGAUACAGAAUAAACUCCUAACAAUGUGGCUGCCUGGAUGACUGCUUCAGGCUGCUUCCAGCCUUAAGGUUGGCCUUGCUGUAAUAGGCCAACUAUAAAUGCAUAACUUCACUGGAGACCACAAGACUUGACACUUUACUGAUGUUUUUAUACUUUGCACUGUGUAAAUAGUUUAAAAUAGAUAUGUUGAUUUCAGAAAUACCUUGUGUACAAUUUACUUUUGGACACUUUGUGUGCUGCUGUGCAUCCAACUGUAAUUUCUUGUGAAAACAUGAUCCUGUUCAUUUCUUUUGUGCUUGAACAUUGUGAAAAAAACCCCCCCAAAAAAACAAAAACAAAACGGAAUACUAUUUGCACCCUGACAAUGACACUACAGGUAUGGCUUCUCCCUAAACGUCUGAGGUAAAGUCUCAGGGUGUGAAAGAGAUGCACUACCGGAUGAAACUGUCCUGCCAUCCUCUAAAUCAAAAUCCACCAGCCAACUUUGCAGUAGGAGCUCUUGUGUCUUAAAUUUAUUUGCCGUUUCCCCUUCUCUAUCCGCAGUGAAAUUUACCGUUUUGUUCUACUGAUACUCCUUCUUGUUUGCCAAUGGCCUUAUCACACUCUUAAAGAGCUUCAGGUCGAUGUACGCAUAGAAAUAUGAGUGAUAUGUUUACACUUUUAGUCCUGGAACAAGUUAUGACACUGGCAUUAUUUCACUUUUUUUUUUUUUUUUUUUUUUUAGAAAUAUUUUUCAUGCGCUGUGAAUUAAAAGAAUAAUCUAUAUGUCAUGUCUAAUUAAAGUUGUGUGUCUUGUUCUUUUGCUUUGAGUGGGUCAAAUGGGUGACAUUUGUUCAAUAAAAAUACAGUUUGAAUACUGUUGAAAUGA